UAUUUUUUUCUCAAGUUAUAUUUAAUAUAUGGCGAUGCAGGACUGUGAAGUAACAAUAGAUAAGCAGAAACAGCCUCUUCCCCUCCUAUCACCAAUGAUCACUGUUGUGGUGAUGAUAGACUAAUAUUUUAUCAGAGAAAAGAGGUUGUGAUUUGGGAGUGUUUCGAGAAAAGUCUGUAUAUAUCACCUGGGAAGAGUCCAAUUUUCAAAGCAGACAGCGACUGCUUAGACUUCAAUACAAUUUCAUUGAGCAUCCAGCAGCGCCAGUGCUUUUCAUCAGAAUAACUUUACUGUAACAUUCAAAUAAGAACAUGGCCGCGGAUCUAUGGCCGCACUGCUCACAGAGGGAUCUGUGGGUAGGAUAAGUGAACUACGUGCCCUUGGUGGGCACUUCUGCCAACAUGGUGGACGGCUUCAUUGCGCUGCUCCAAGGAGACCGAAAGACCGCGGAGGCCAAGGGCUAUAAGGACUUCCUGGAUUUAGCUGGAAUCCGUGACCUGAAGCCAGGGUCCAUCCUUCAGAACGUCGAAAGCCAGACAGUAGUCGGGUGCAGUGCCAAAGUAUCCGAAGAUAUAAAUGACUACAUUAUCCAAGCAGCAAAACCAGGCGCGAGCGCCACCAUUAAAGUUACUAAGGCAGCCCAGGCAGGUACAAAUCUAUACACAAACCUUUCCACGUCUUUUAAGGCUCUCAGGGAUAAAUUGAAAGAACGUCGUAUAGACUUGCCAGAAGAUGUACAACAGAACCGAAGGUCUACCCGGGGAGAACACGUUUUCAACAACGCCCUGCUUGGGUUCUGUGGGUCGAUAAUUGAUUUGUUCAUUGAAAGGCACGUCACAAAAGGUAACAGAGUGAAGUUGGUUGACCUUAUCCCAAACAGCAGCAUUAGUGACGCCUUCCAAGGGAACGCUCCAGACGGCAAACACAUCAACUUGACUGCUGAUCAGAGACAAAACAUUAGAACCUGGGUAGUUCACAUUCCGGACAAUGUGGUAUAUAUCCCAAUCAACAACAUCCUGUUUGCACACAUUAUAGGUGUCAUUAGGCGCAAUGCUGUUGACUACAUUGCACUGCAUUUCUUUUUUUGUCCAGAAAAAGCCGAAAGAAAUUGGAAGGUGAGGUCUAUUCUCGCUCAAACAGUAGAAUGGAUGCAUAUGCAUCGCGUUUAUCUGGACCCACAGGUCGUGGAAAUGUGGUUUUCUGAAAACUCAGAUCUUAUUCCUCAAUUUCCCGAAACUGAAAACGGCGUGCAACAUAUGCUGAGGCAGCUCGAUCCCGAGAGGUCAACCCUGUUACGUAAUUUUGCGAAUGACCUGACACUGGCCCAACUGGUGGGUUUCCAUUAAUUGAUUUCAUGGGUUAACCACAGGUAUGAAGCCUUAUGCAUUCCUGCUCAUUGUAAAAUUCUUAGUAGCUUACGUAAAAAAAUAACUUGCUUUAAAUACGUUUCUUUCAUGGUUUAUUUGUAUCAGCACUAUUUGAUAAAUACAAAUAUAUAUUUUCUUUUUUUUAAUCAAACUCCUUAAGCUUGUAAGUAGCCUACAGAUACUGCAUUGCUUUAUAAUAAUAAUAAUAAUAAUAAUAAUAAUAAUAAUAAUAAUUAUUAUUAUUAUUAUUAUUAUUAUUAUUAUUAUUAGUAGUAGUAGUAGUAGUAGUAGUAGUAGUAGUAGUAGUAGUAGCAGGCUCGACUGCCUUGGCCCUGAUACGGUCAGGGAAGAAGAUUAACUUCAACACCGUGAGUGAAGAUUUAUUUAUUAAUUUUCCAAAACUUAGUUUAAGUUUCAUUUUAAAUUUUCCUAAUAUUUUAGAUUUUCUAUGUUUUAUAGAAGCCAUUGCAACUGUGUCCUUUUAUACUUUUUAAGGUAAUGUAUUUCCUCCUUUCUCAAAAUGCGUGAAAAUGAAGGGGUUUUAUUUUAUCCCGAAAUAUUUUAUUUCGAAAUGUAACCACUGCAUAAUGUUUAAAAUUAAAGAUUAAAAAUGUAUCUUUAAUAAUUUAACUUAAAUGUCUUUUUUUUUUUACUAUAACCAUUGCAUUAAUUUGCAUGUUCUUCUGUAAGAUGUUAAAAUAUCUUUCAA